GGAGAUCGAAAGGCAGAAUGCGAAAAUCAGUCAACUGCAGGAUACGCUACGAACUCAGAACUCGAUGCUUGAACAGAUGUUGGGCGCUGUUUGCGUUGCUGUCCCUGGUAUCCAUGAUGAGUGUGAUAGGUGUUCGACCUUUUGAGUCUGAGGAUUCCGAUAUACGUAAAUAUAACUUGCGUCCACCUAGUUGAUCGGAUCUACCUGGCCCUUGGGCUUAAAGCGC